CUGAGCUGUAGUUCUGUAGUCCUCAGAACGCCCAAAAUCUUGUGUGAAAUGAGUGUUGGUGAAUAGAACGAGGAUUCCUGUGGCUUGACUGCGAAAUCCACGGCGAAAGAUGAAUUUCGGCGGCUCAAUAAGGAUUAAUAAGUGUGGGCUACUCAUUCUGUUCACUGCCCUCUUCUUCCUCACGUAUUACGUGCUGAUUGGCAACACAGAUCCGGGUGAAUACAUUGCCAGAGAUCCAAAUGUCGUGAAUCUGCGAAAGCUGCUAAUUGGGGCCAUUCAGGCGGCUGAAAAGGGUGGAUUGGAAGUCGUGGCAGUGUCCAAGAGCGCAGAUUUCCAUGUCAAGAGCAAAGGGAAGACGGCCGAGGGAGCCAAUAAUCCCGUAACAGAGGCAGACUUCAAGUCACACUGCGUCAUGCAAUUCGGCCUGCAUCACAUCUUUCCGCGUCUCAAGAUCAUCUCUGAAGAAGACAGCUCGAAGAUGACCUGUCCAGAUGUAAAGCUCUUCGAUCUGGACCCGACUGUCCUCCGAGAGACGCUCACUGUUCCUGACGAGACGGUGGACAGUGACGACGUGACGGUGUGGAUUGAUCCUCUGGACGCCACGCAGGAGUACACGGAGAGGCUGUUUGAGUAUGUUACGACAAUGGUGUGCAUUGCCAUCAAGGGAAAGCCCACCAUUGGAGUGAUUCACAAUCCUUUCACGCAGAAGACAACGUGGGCCUGGACAGGACAGGCCGUGUCGGAGGAUCUGCAACGCGUCAAGGAGGAGUCGAGCGACAGAGGAGUGACUGUGAUUGUGUCCCGUUCGCAUGCGGGUGAAGUGAAGAACUACUCCAAAGCAGUGUUCGGCGAGAACACCAAGAUCAUCACGGCUGCCGGCGCGGGCUACAAAGUGCUGCAAGUGAUUUCCGGCAAUGCCACUGCGUAUCUGCACACCACGGCCAUCAAGAAGUGGGACAUUUGCGCCGGUGAUGCCAUCCUGAGGGCUGUCGGCGGUCGCAUGACGAAUCUUCUCAACACGGAGCUGCCCUACAGCCCGCACGAGCCCGUGCUGAACGCCAAAGGCCUCUUAGCAGCUUUCAAGAACCACCACGAGAAGUACAUUGAGCGGAUAAUGAAGUACAGCGAGCGAGAGAUUAAAGUAUGAUGAUGCUCAAAUUGUAGAUGAAUUUAUUUAUGAAAGGAGUCACAAAUAGAUUGAAAAGAUGGGAUUUUAAGUGUUGGUUUUUCUAGUGGGAAACUGAAGCAGAGAGGAAAAAAAAAAUUAAAGAGUGGUUUUAUUAAUUAUCAUAAUAACUAUUAUUUAUUUAAUAUUUCUUCCGUAUAAGUUUUACUAUGUCAUCAUAUAUUUUUUUUCCUUUUAUUUCCUUCGUUUAUAAUUAAGUUUGCGCGUAUUUUUUUUAUAUUUAUACUUAAUGUCAUUCAUUUAUAAUUAAAUGUAAUUUUUUGUUUUUAUUCUGUUUUUGGUACGGGCGCGCUUUUUGCAUACUCUUUCUCUCAUGCCUUUCAGCUUCUCGUUCGCUCUUCCAAUUUUGCUACACUUAUCCGUGCUGUUUUUUGUCUCCAUUUUUUGGAUUUUUUUCCUUUUUAUAAUUGAAGCUGCAUAUUUUUUUUUCUUGUUAUGAGGCGGGAAAUGAAAACUUUUAUUUAAUCACUCGCAAACAAUUUACUUCACUAUUAUCUUCUGGUUUUCUGUACUUAGUACGUACAACGAAAAAACGCGAAUAUUUGGGGUUCAUCGUCAAUUUUUGACUUGUAAUAUGAAUGCGUUUUUUUGAUUUAAUCCCCCACAAAUUCGUUUUUUAUUAUAUAACUUAAUGCAGUGUCACGACUUCUCUUUUUACAAGAUUUAGUACAAUUUCUUACUAUAAUUUCUCUCUGGCGAUUGUUUUCUUCUUCUUUUUAAUCUAAUGCAUCAAUAGAAAUGUUUUUAAAUUACUUUUUUAAUGUACAUACGUAUAAGAAUUGGAGUAUCGAUUUCUGCGGUGAUUUUUUCUGGGGAUGUUUUGAAAUUGCCAAAAUUUUUAUUUUUUAC